AUGAUGGCUUCAGCGAAACAAUUGCGAGCACUGCUGGCGGAUCCGAGCAAGAUUAUCGUAUGCCCUGGGGUUUACGAUGGACUUACCGCUAGAAUUGCACUGAAUGCCGGGUUCGAAUGUCUCUACAUGACUGGAGCUGGCACAACAAUGUCGAGACUUGGUAUGCCAGAUCUCGGAGUCGCAACUCUGAACGAUAUGAGAGAAAAUGCAGGCAUGAUUGCAGGUCUGAAUCGCAAGAUCCCGCUCAUUGCAGAUGCCGAUACUGGUUAUGGAGGCGCCCUCAUGGUUGGGAGAACAACACACCAGUAUAUACAAGCCGGAGUCGCGGCAUUUCAUUUGGAAGAUCAGGUUGUGAAUAAAAGGUGUGGCCAUUUAAGGAACAAGGAAAUAGUGGACGAGGAGGUUUAUCUUAGUCGCAUUCGAGCUGCUGUCAAUGCAAGAGCUGAAGCAGACGCAGAUAUCGUCAUUAUUGCGAGAACAGAUGCGUUACAGUCUUUGGGAUUCGACAGCGCGGUUUCAAGAUUAAAAGCUGCCAUCGCUAUUGGAGCUGAUGUUGCGUUCCUUGAAGGUUUUACAUCGAAAGAAGAAGGCCGGAAAGUGUGUCAGGAACUUGCACCUACCCCAGUAUUACUGAACAUGGUUGCUGGAGGGGUGACACCUGCUUUUACUGUUCAAGAAGCCCAAGAUGUUGGGUUCAGAAUCAUCAUAUUUCCAGGAUUUGCCUUGGGCCCUGUGUUCAAAUCUGUUGUAUUAGCAGCGAAGCAGCUUAAAGAGACUGGCUCAGUUGAGGAAUCAGACGCAAAGGCCGAAGCAGAAUCUUCUCCAAAAGCUCUUUUUAUGGCGGUGGGUUUGAAGGAAGCUAUGGAAUUUGAUGUGGCUGCGGGAGGAACGAUGUAUGCUAAUGGAGUCUGA